AGUGUUUAAAAGCCUUGGCUACACCAUGUCAGAAGCUACUGAAGCAGAAGUGAGAAGUAGUUUCCGUGAGGAAGCAGAGUUUAUCAGUGAAACUGCAACUUCAGGGAAAGGAAACAUGCCUACUUUGUCAAAAGAGAGUUUAUCCAAUGGAGUGCCUAGUUGCCGACAAGCAGAUUUUUCAUAAAUCAUGCUUUCGGUGUCACCACUGUGGUAGUAAAUUAAGCUUAGGAAAUUAUGCUUCUCUCCAUGGUAAAAUAUACUGCAAACCACAUUUUAAGCAACUUUUCAAAUCCAAAGGAAAUUAUGAUGAAGGCUUCGGACACAAGCAACAUAAAGAAUUAUGGAUUUCCAAAAAUCAAAAAGGUCCUAUUAGUUGUGUUUCUGCUAAAGAAGUUAAUACAUCCACAUCAAAAGUGAAUAAAACAACUGAUCAUAUGUUGUAUCCUGACAAUCCACAAGUGCAUUGUGAAACUGUGGAUGAUCAUUUAAAACAGAAUACAGAGAGGGGCAAAUUAAACAUUACAUGGCCUCCUUCUACAGAAACUCCCCAAAAAUCACUCUCAGUUGAGAUGGUUAAAGUAAAUAAACCAAAAUGGCCCCCUAAAGUUUCUGAAUGUGAGACUGAGAGAAUUCAUACAAAUAUUUCCAUGGGUGACACAAGCCAGCCACAGCUCGCAAAUGGUGAUAGUCAUCUUUGGGAGACAAAAAGACAAAAGAAAAAUGAAACUGUUGACUUACAUUCAGACGACCACUCCUCUCCCACUCCUGUGUCUAAGGUAGAGGAGCCUACAAGUAUUAUUACGGCAAAAAUAUGCAGUGAUGAAAAUGGAACCAUGCAAAGGAGAGUGGAUGUGGUUAAUGAAUCAGAAAAGGAAAAGGCAAGUGAAAGGAAUGCAAAGGAAUAUGAUAAUGCAGCCAUGCAAGGUGCUAAAAAGGAGAAAGAUGGAGAAAAUAACAAAGUUAACGUUGCUGAUGUUAUACCAGUUACGAACACUGAUGAUGAUGCUGAAUGGCAGAGUAAUAAAAAUAGUGCUAUGAACAAUAACAACAAUAAUAACAAUGGUAAUAAUGGCUUUAAAACUACUUUUCCACAUCACAAACUUUGUACUCAGGAAACAUCUUUUGAGGAUGUAGAUGGUCUAUUUACAGAACUGGGCUAUGGAAAGAGCCCUGCCUCCGAAUCUCCAUUUGAAAGACUAGAAAGAUGGGAUGUAAAUAAAGAGGUGCUGUGUAUAACUGACUCUGAAGUAGGCCAUUCCACAGACGUUUUCAGUCUUACAGAUGUUGAAGAAAGCAUCAAAGGAGAGGAUUUCAUUACCUCGGAUAGUCUUAUUCAGCAGAAAAAUAAAGAUGUCCAUUGUCAAAAACAAUGCAUUAACAGCAUAGUCAUUUUAGAGGAAGUGGACGUUGCAGCAUUUCCUUUCGAUAGCAAAUUAUCAGGCAGUAAGGAAUCAAUCGAACAUGUCAAAACGUUAGGUGCUAUUUCACUGGAUCAUGUGGCAAUAGACUUUUUACCUGGAAAUGACAGAAUUGGUCUAUUUGGUUCUAUAAAUUCAACUGAAAAUGUUUACCAUCCACUUUCUGAAGACUGCAUGGAUUAUCAUAUUACGAUCUGUCGGGAUGAAGUAAAGGAAACACUGCAGGAAGAUGAAAGCAGAAACUUAGAUUUGCUGAGCUCUGAAGAUGGAGUUGUUCUGUCAUCUCAAAAAGAACAAGUCAGGAUGGACCAGCCAACUAAAAGUGGGAUUAAGAAAAGUUGCCAGAAUGAUGAUCGUUAAUAUAUGCACUUGGACUAAUCAAAGCAAAUCUGUAUUUUUCUUCAAAGAAUUGGUUAAAAGAAUUGGUUAUGUAUCUCCAAUUUGUGGAAUAUAUAUUUUUAAUCUAGUUACCUACCAGAAUUUUGUAAGAACUAAUUAUCUACAUUUGUAACAGAAAACAUGACUGCACUUAAUUUGUUUAAGAUACAUUAGAAUCCAUGUUUAUCUAGAGUUGUUUCAUAUGUUUGGAACUUACCUAUCUGUACUUUUAUUUUUCUUUAUACUUAUUAAGGAUUACUUCAUAGAUGUAUGCAAAUCACAGUUGAGGAUGUGAACUGAAAAGUAACUUGUUAAGAUGACCUAGUGUAAAUGAAAUCUGUGAUCACUUAAAUUUCCAUUGACAUGUGGAAGUCAUCACUUAGAACUGCAGCCAAGUGAUGAACAUUCUUGGGUAAUCUACUCCUUGAAAACAGGCUACAAUAAGAUUCGCUUACUACUGUACUAUUUCAGGGUUAUGCUUUAUCUAUUGUAAUGAAUUUAGAGAUUAUGCACCUGGUGUGCUCUAAGAGUAAGACAAAUAUUUCUAAAAUUAUUUUUUCACCUACUGUUUUACUAUAACAAAGCUGUUGUUCCAUGAUAUAGUAAGUACAUUUGGGUUUUUUUUAGCUUAUAAGCAUUACACUCUUUUUUCUUCAAGAAUUAUUAAAGUAGGAGUAUUUGAUUGAACUAAAUGAUCAAAAUGCACUAUAGUUCCCUCACCAUUUGUGAAUUAUACAUUUUAUCUUCCUAAAGUACAUUUGCCUUGAAAUUUUUCAGGCCACACAAUAUGUACAUUUUGUUCCUUGAAAACCAACAAGGAGCAAGAUUCAACCAAAGUUAAGCACUGUGUUUAGAAACAUGUGUUGCUGAAUACAGUUGGAAUAAAAGAUGCAUGAGAUUACACAUUAACAGUUCAAUCCUCUUCAUGUCUCCUGAGAAAUAAGUCCCAUUAAGUUUAAUGGGGCUUGCUCCCAGAAAUAUAGGAUAUUAACUCUAUUUUCCUUUAAUGAGAGAAAAUUAAGCUGAUUAUCUUCCACUGAAACCAAUAGGAAAUAAGCUCACUUAAGUUUCACUGGACUUUGUUCAAAGUAUGUAAAGCAAUAAAAGCAAAAGGCAGAAGGGAGAACAUCAUGGAAAAUAUUAACAAAAAUGGUGAGCUGAGGAACUAAAGUUAAUUUACUGAAUUCUUCCAACUCGUUUGGAAAGCAACCCGAGCUGUACUCGGUUUUAGAAUCUGCAUGUACCUAGUCGCAUUAGCAGCGUUGAUGCCUAUCCUUAUGUACUGAAUAGCAAUGGUUUUCCUAGGUUAGCCGAGCUUGCAUGAGAGUACUUCCCUAGGCAGUUGACAAUGCCGAAUAAAAAGCACUUUAC